AUGAGUAGAGGCAAAUUGGAACAUAUGGAUCAGAAGGAAACAUCAGAAGUUAAUUGGAUAAUCUGUUUUGCUUUGAUUCAAUUCAGAAAUCCUACGUUAUGGAAGAAGACUCUUUCAAGAAAGAGAGGGGACGUUGAAAAUGUAAGUACUCUCAGGAAUGAGAAAAAUCUGAAGAUAAAUCCACGAGAAAACUCAAAACAAAUAUACAAAUGGGUUGCGCCUUUCCAAAAUGGAUUUUUGAACAAUAAAUCAUUGUUUGCUCAUCUGGAACCUAUCUACAAUUUCAUUUGUCAGAAUAAGUGCAAAACUUUCGAAGACGCAAUCGAUUUAAAAGAGCUGCAAUCAUUCAGUCAAGACAUAUCAACUGCAGAUAUAAAUAACUGGUUUUUACCGAGAUAUAAAAUUCUAUUAAAAAUCUUGAGUUUAAAGACAAAAGGAAUUGAUCUCAAAGGAAUUUCACAAGUAUUUCAAACAUUUCAAGUCCUGUUCGUUUCGCACUAUUCACAUCGCUUGGAUUCUGAUUCUUCUUUUAAGAGGACGCUGGUUGACGUUCAUGUUUUCAAUUUCAUUGCCAAAUUUCUAUUCAAUAGAAUUUUAUUAAAGAAGAACCAAAACGAUCCCAAAUGGCUUCAAAAAUUUUACGACCAGGAAGAUGGCAACCAUUUGAGCGAUAAGGUCGACUACAAGCUGUUGUGUUCAUUGCAUUUUACCACAAUUUACUCUAUUAUUAACAUUCAACUGACCAAAAUCAAGACAAACCAAACACUUGAGCCACAAAUAUCAGAAUACAUAUCUGUUUUGAGAUUAAUUGAUCACAUACUAGCCAUCGUCGAAAGCCUAAUACAUGUACUUAUCAGAUUUUUAUCGAAGCAUAAACUGAUAUGUAUCAACCAGAAAAAAGCAUACUGUCGAAUAUUUCUUGAGAGAGAGAUGGGUUUGAAGAAAUCCUACUUAAAGAACUUUUACAGUGUAAUAAGUAGCAUACCCGAAAAAGAGUUAAAGGGACUAUUGAAAAUAGUCAAGGUAGUUAUUCUAUCAUUGCUGGAAGCAUUGGAAAGCAUUGAAUGGAAACAUUUAACUGCCUUCCUGGAAAAAUUUCCCGCACAUGAAAUAUCUCUACAAAAGAAAAGGACAUAUAUACAAGCGGCAUUAUUAAUGACGGCCGAAAGAAAUUUGAUAGCACGCUUUCGAUUGUCAAGAUGGUUCAAUAAGACAGAAAAUAUUUGA